AUGAACCCACUUAAGAUAACACUCGCAGGCAACGCAAGAGUUCGACGCCAACCCGAACGAGGCAUCCUCAACUUCUACGUCUUCAACGAAGGCGAAGACCGAGAAGACGUCAUCGAAAAAGUAACAGAAACAUCCAACGAGAUCAGCGACGUCUUCAAGCAACUCUCGCCAAAAGACGAAGCAGGUAACACAGUCGCCGAUGCACCCGUGACAGUGUUCUCAGCAACCUCUCUCCGCACUUGGUCGGACCCCGACACCUGGAAAGAAGCCAUGCGGGACGCGGUCCACAAGGCGAAUGAAUACUCGGAUAUCAUCGGGCGCAAGGUCGUCGCGGUGGCUAUCUACGAUGGCGAAGGUAGGGUGUCGGAGCCUCAGUAUUUUCGAGGGGUGUCGGGUUUGCAACAGCACAUGCAAAGUAUUGCGGGCGCCUUUGGUGGCAGAAGCAGGUAUGCUGCCUGGUCAGUCUAUCAAACCUCUGGACUUGAGUCCGCAAUUGAUUGA